CUCUAAUUAUUAUUAUGUUUGUGGCGGGUACCCACAUAAUAAUAAUAACGUAUACGUGCUUAUCGAAAACAAACACAAAUAUUUCUAACAAGUGUUGUUGGUAGGUAGUUAGACGCUGUAUUACCGCCGCAGUUUGAUUGUGGCAAUCAAAGGUUAAUUCAUAAAUUCACCGAAGUAAAAAUUAUGCGUUUUGUUGCGACUCGUUUCGGUCACAAUCUGCACCAGUAAACUGUACAUACUCGCCCGGUGUAGUUGCGCUGACGCCGCGUAUAUUAUUUCGAACACGAACUGUGCAACCCGCGCGAGUGACUAAAUUAGCGAUAUAUUCGUUGGUACAAUCCGGUCGCUAAUAUGUUGAAAAUAGGAUUUUUGGGCGCCGGGAAAAUGGCCCAGGCUCUGGCCAAAGGUUUUCUGACGGCUGGUGAGUUUGCGUGUACAGCGCACGAUUUCCAUAGGUACCUGGUACCCUGCAGUGGCGUAGCAGGGUGGGUGUUGUAACCCCUCUUUUACCACCCUAUUGCUUUUUUAUUUUUUUUUUCUGACUGUAGGUAAAGUUCAAAAGGUUGUAGAUUCCUAGAUCCCACCCAUUGAUAAAUCCUGGCUACGCCACUGCUGCCUGACGCGUAUUAAUUAUCGUUGUUUUCUCCCGUCGUUUGCAGGUCUGGUCAAAGGAGAAAAUAUCACGGCGAGUUGUGCGCCGCAAGACGUACAGUGCGUUGACACGUUUAAAGUGAGUACUUACCUAUAGUUUUGAUAAAAACCUAUACUCGAAAUUCGAAAAACUAAAAAAAAUUAUUACGACUUGUUUUUUUUUUUUUUUUUCUAGGGAUUUGGAUCGACGGUAACCUUCGACAACAGCGUGGUGGCGAAAAAUUCGAACGUUUUACUCCUAGCCGUCAAACCGUCUGUGGUCAAGCCGGUAUUGGACCAGAUCCAUGGAAAUUUCACGGCCAAACAUCUCUUGUUGUCCGUCGCCAUGGGCGUCACUGUAAAUCAACUGGAAAAGGUACAUCCGGUUAUGUAUAUUCAUUAUUUUGUUUUCUGGAUUCCGCAGACUAUAGUGAAGAAACCAGUGUAUUUAUCGGUUUUUGUCACGGGGUGACAUAUUGAAUUUGGAAAUUGUGCCAUACCUGUACAUUGUAUAACGUGUACACUAUACCUAGGCUAAAAGGAAAAGUUCAACUUUAAAUGUAUAGAUAUGUUUUCAAUGUAAUUUACAAUCCACGCUAAAAUAUCGAAUUAAAAUAACUAUAGGUAUUAGUAAUCAUACUAUUGGUUUAUUUACAGUUUUGAUAUAGGUACUAACUUCUUUCGUUAUUGUAGCGGUCCAUAGAUGAGUUUCGUUUUAAACAAAAAAAAAUGUAUAGGUACGUUCAUGUUGUUUAGAUAACCAUAAGAAUAUAAUAUAUUAUAGCUUAGUUGUUUAAAUAAUAAUAUGAUAAUAAUAAUAAUAUAUUAUGUUGUAGCUUACACAUUUUUGAUUAUUCCGAAUAAAAAACAAAGAAAUUCAAAUUUAAAAAAAUAUCUCGUCAUAAAUAAAUAAUAGAUACUGAAUAAAAUGGUCGAGGUGAAAAUACGUGUCUCUUUUAUCCCCCCCCCCCCCUUAAAUAUGCUACUGGAAAAAUCCAUAUACAUUCGUUUUACGAAUAUGUGGGGUUGUUUUUUUUUUUCCGGAGAACACUUACGGUCGGUAAAAAUAUUCCGAUUUUUUCCACGCCGCCGCUGCCUUUUAAGGUGCGGAUUUUUCGCUCGAUCGACGGUACAUUUUUUGGAUUCCGAACAGCCUGAAAACAAUGCGCACAAUACAUGCGUAUUAUUGAUUUUAUUUUUAUGGAAGCCCAUAACCUAUUAUACCAGUUGGCUAAGCUCCGUUUAACAUUGUUUUCGAUUGCAAUGGUUAAUUGUUGCUUUCAAUAUGUUAACGAAAUUGCCGCAUAAAUAGUAUAUUAUAUACCUAGCGUUGUACUUCCUAGCUUCCCACCUACAACAGUGGCCUAUACAUAGGUAGUGCGAAGUAUAUCCGGGGUGUUUUUUUCUAAGAUAUCUGUAUAGUGAUAAUAAUAAUAUUAUAAUAUUGCAUGUUCUCGUUGUUCUCUUCUAAACAUUUCCCAAAUAGUCGUGGUAUGGAAAUAAAACUAGGACGGAUGUUAUAGACUUUUGGGUUAGCAGAGGGGAGCGCAUAUUAUAAUAAGUGCCAUCUAUUAUAAUAACAUGAUGGACCUGCCGGCAUUUUCAACAUCGGUUAAUAUAUCAUCCUAGUGAAACAAUUGAUUAAUCCACUCGUAUUUACACGCGAGAAUACAAUGCACACUAAACGCGGCAAAUUUAAUAGAAUAAAGUGCAGUGUGAAAUUUGUGUAUAUGGCGCGUUAAUACAGCGAUUGUACGGAAGGCUGGGCAUUAAUGAGUUAAUAAGUUUAAGUUAAGUUAAUUUAACAUUUUAACUUAAUAAAUUAAUUUUUUUUAAAUUAUUGUUAUAAUUGUAAAUUGAGGAACACAAAAGAAUUAACUUUUAAUAAUUAACCAGUGUUAAUUUUAUGUUAAAAUAAGUUAAGUUGAUUUCAAUUUUUAUUUGUAUGCUCACAUAAAUGCAUAUAUUAUUAUAAUUGUUAUCGAUAAAUUAUGAACAUUUAAAAUACGAAAUGUUAUGAAUAAUGCGUGUUUUUUGUUACUGUUGUCGCCGGUUGGGGUGUAGGUAGAUUAUUAGGUCAUUAUAGUAGGUAAUAGACAAUAUGUACAUUAUUUUUUAAAUUUUUUUAAUUAACUUAAACCUAGUUGAAAAGUUAAUUUUAACUUUUGUUUUGUUUUACUUCUAACUUAGUUGAAUUGAUGAUAAAUUAUUUUGAACUAGCUUUGUUUAAAUUUAAAUUUAACUUAACUGAGUUGAAAAAAAUCAUUAACCUGUUCAGCUUUGAUUAUAUAUGCAUUAUGAAAAAAAGGCAGGUACCUACCUAUAUUAUUAGGUAUUAUGAUAUGAUGCGCGAAGAGAAAUUUAUAAUCGUUUUACCAGACGGUAAACGUCUAAUAGGUUAAAAUAAAUUCGCGAUAGCGGCGAAAACGAAUUAAGUAAAUCGGUUAAAAGUGCAAAUUUCAACGUGAUACGUAGGGACAUUAGAUUACCUAGGUAUAUCUAAUAUUGUUCUAGGCGUAUUAAUUUGAAUAACAAUAUGUGUAACUUGUCAGGCUAGAUUAAAUACAAAAACAAAAGAUUUCGAAUUUUAUAAUGAUUGUACGAACGAUUUUAGAUUUUGAGAGGAGCGAGGCAUGUAUUGGUUGAACAAUAAUGUUUAUUAUUUUAUUUAUUUUAUUUUUUUUUUGUGUGGACAAGUCUUCUACCAGCAAUUUUGCUCCGGUUUUCAACGAUUUAAAAAAAAAAAAAAACGGGAAAAUAGGUACCAUAUUAAACAAAUAUAAUUAAAGAAAAUACAUAAUGCAUAUGUAAUUGUUUUUCUAUAAUAUAACAGAUAUAUGCAUAUGUAUGAUAUAUUGUUGACAAAGCAACAUUAUCAACCGAACUCUGCUUAAAAUCGUUUUUUCGUUAGCAAUGGUUAAUUGUUGCUUACAGAUGUACAUUAAAUUACCUACGACAGUGGCCGCACCCGUGCCAAAUAUCCUAGGACAGCUUUUUUUUUUUUUUAUUAACGUAAGUAAACUAUUGAAUAUCGAAAAUUUUAGUGAAUCUUUAAAAGACGUCACCGCAACAUACUUUGCCGAGUCCUUUUCUAUCUCAUUGGUUGUUAUUGUGUAGGUAUUAGGCACCUGGCAAAAAAUGUGUAUUCAGAGUUUUAACGUGGUACUCGGCAAGUUGUAAUAGACUUUUACACAAAAUGCUAAUAAGAUAAAUUGCGAAUAAGAUUAAACGUUUAUUAUAGGUUUAUAAUAGGCUAAUAUGUUUUCAUAGAGGGAUUUUUCGAUAUCCGUAUAAUUUCCUAACAAAUUAUUAUCCGUACUUGUAUUUAAAAUGUAAAAGAUUUAAAAUGCAUACGUAUAAUAAUCCUAUUGCGAUAGCAUAUAGUGAAAAUUUGUUUUAGGUUUAUAUAUUUGAACCAGAGCUAGUACACUUUUUUCUUUUGUUUACAUUACAAGUGUCUAUCUCAGUAUUCUUAAAUAUAUUUUUCGGCCUGGGUCCAGGUACUGACACAAAACCAUUGCCCGAACGCCAUUAUUUGAAACAAUAUCAAUAUUUUGUUACUAAUAAUAUCAAAUUUGUAUGUUUACAAACUUAUAAUUAGGGCCGGGAAUUUUCACUUGAAAUCUGCAAAAAAAAAACCUUAGAAAUAUUUAAAAAAAAGUUAAAAUGGUAGAACAGUUUAAAAUUCACCCCUUUAACGACUCUAACUUAUUAAAUAAUACAAUUUUCUAACACUGCACAAAUGAUUAACACAAAGAAAUUUUUUUAGCGUUUACACUUUUAUUUGAAAAAAAAAUACUUUCUGUUAAUUAUGUGUUUAGGUAGUUUUAGAAAAUUGUAUUUAAUAAAUAUUAGAGUCGUUUAAGGGGGACUUUUAGACCCUUUUGUUUAUUAAUUAUUUUAAAGUGUUUUUUUGACGUUUUUAAAUGCAUUUAGUCCCCCCAAGCUUUGAAUUUAUAACUUAUAAAUUACAAUAUGAUGCGUUCUUUAAAUAUUAAAACUACGAGUGUAUUUUUUAGAUUCUGAGUGGAGCGAAUAUUCUACUUCUAGAUUAUAGUUUUACAAUGAUGUUUAUUUUUUUAGUCUGUGGACAACUUUUCUAUUAGUUAUUUUGCUCCGAUUUAAAUGAUAGCACUUUUUCUAAAAGGAAAUCUGACUGGAUACUUUAGAGAAGUAAUUUUUCGAUUUUUCCAAGAGUUCUUUCAAUAAAUUGGAAAAAUCGGUUAAAAAAAACAUGGGAAAACCGAGAGAACAGGAAAAUAGGUACAAUAUUAAACAAAUAUUAUUAAAGAAAAUGUUUAAUGCAUAUGUAAUUAUUUUACCAAAAUAUGACAUAUAUAUUGUUGACAAAGCAACACUAUCAACCAAACUCCGCUCAGAAUCGGUUUUCGUUAGCAAUUGUUAAUAAUUAUUUACAGAUAUACAUUAAAUUCCCGUCUAUAUUCCUACCUUCCAACUUUCCACUUACAGCAGUGUCUGUAUCCGUCCCUAUUAUCCUAGGACAGCUCUUGUUCAUUUUAAUACCUAGUCACUGACAGAUACAGUUGUUUUUAAGUAUUAAGUUUUACUCAGUAAUAUUGUGUAUUAUAAUUUCGUGUAAUAAUCAUAUUUUUCUUUGUAUUGCAUGCGUUAUAAUAUCAUAUUAUGAUAGCAAUUUCCGAAAAAAUGUAGCGUGGAUCAUAAUUCGCUUUUAAAGCGUUUUAUAUUUCUUUCGGUUUCGAUAAAAACAAUAAUUGUAAUAGUAUAUACCAAUAGAUAACUAUAGAUAGAAAACCAUUUUAUCGGUUUGACGUUAGAUAAUAAUAUUAUAGAUAUAUAAAAUAUAAAAUCGUGGUAAUACCUAUAUAGAUUAACCAAAUGGAAAUUUAAUAUGUUCCGUCAAAAAUAUAUAUUUAUUAUAAGAAUAUUAUAAAUUAUCGAGAACGUGAUUUUAAAUAAUCUCAAAAAGUCAGUCGAAAUCGUUAAAUUCGAUUCAACUAUAUAAUAUAGUUAUCAAAUAAAAAAAAAAAAAUUAAAAAAUGUAUGUAAAAAAGCUAUUCUAGGAAUAAUGGAGAUUGGAGUGCACCGAGGUGCAGCUACUAUUAUGGGUAAUUUAAUGUAUAUUUGAAAGCAAUGAUUAACCAUUGUUAACGAAAAAACGAUUCUGAGCAGAGUUCGGUUGAUAGUGCUGCUUCCUAAAGUUCUUCUCCAGUCAGAUUUACUUUUAGCAAAAGUGCUAUUAUUGUAAACUAAAGCAAAAGUUCUGGUAGAAAUGUUGUGCACAGGAUUAAAAAAGGCCAUAAUAUUCUUUUACUAAUACCUACAUUUCGUACAUUUUUCCGUUUUUUCCCAUUUAUUAGGAAAACUCCUAAGAAAAUCAACAAAUGACCUAACAUACGUACCUCCCCAGUCAGAUUUCCUUUUUGUGAAAAGUGCUAUCAUUGUAAAGCGGAGCAAAAUUGCUGGUAGAAAAGUUGUCCACAGAAGUAAAAAAAUUAAACAUACCAUUGUAAAACCAUAAGUUUCUUCGCUCCACUCAGAAUCUAAAAAUGCUGAUAUAUCGCUGACCGGAGUAUUGUCGUUUACAUUCCGUUCGCGGAGUUCCCCCAUAUUUCGUACUAUAAUACACACGCACACACACGUUUCUAAAAUAAUCAAUCCAAGUAUCCCAACGUAAUGUCUUGGGCGCAUGAUGUAUAGUACGCGUGUCCAAUCCAUUAAUUUCUCUUUUUUUCCUACUCUCUUUUCCAUAGACUCUUUUCGCUCUGAUAUUUCUCCGAUUACAUUUAAAUACAGUAUCGAAAAAAUAUACUAUAAAAUAUAGCAUUCGUAUUAUUGUUUACGAUGGCUUUUUAUUGUUUAGCUUUUACCCGGCGGCUCGAGGGUUAUACGAGUGAUGCCCAACACGCCCGCGUUGGUCCAGUGCGGCGCAUCUGUGUACGUGCCCGGAAACCACGCGACAGACGAAGACGACAAGUUAACCGAAAAAUUGUUGACGUCCGUGGGCACAGCGGAACGCGUUUCAGAGUAUCUGAUGGAUCCGAUCACUGCGCUCAGCGGUUCUGGUCCGGCUUAUGUAAGUUAUGGUCAUAAAUUAUACUUUUCCGGCUGCAUCAUUUGUAAUAUACAAAAUGUACCAAAAAAAAAAAAAAAAAAAAAAAAAAAAGACGUAUUCUAUAUUAUACAGUUUGAGAUGAAAAUAUUGAAAAACGAUGUUUCUAUAUGCGGUCUGUAGGAAGUUUUUUUUUUUCUUUUCAACAAAAAAACGAACUAAUCGUCGAAAGCUACGACCACACCGCGAGACGUGAGAGUUUUCCCCCCCAGUGGCGCGUGUCUGGGCCGAAAAAUGCGCCGGCACCGAACCCCCAAACGAAAUGUUUCUAAUAAUAACGCCUGCGAGAAUCAGUAGCGUAGCUACCGCAGGGAUGACCGGUAAAGUCGCCUCGGGGCGUACAAUCGUUUCGGGAGACUGGUCACGCGUGAUACGGAACGCUGGCGAUGGGCACAGCCUAGCAUAGCCGAUACGCCGUCGUUCACGCCGGUUUCAUUGAUUGCGUAUCGCUCGGGUCGCGAGCAGUGAUAAGCCGACAAUACCCGAAUGUAAAACCAACACGACAUUGUUGACGCGAUAAGGUUGCGGCGGGAUUGAGUUUUCGCCGUUUUACAGGGGCGCGAAAAACACGCUUCGCCCCGGCGCGUUUUAACGUCACCGGCAUGCACGAGCAGUUUGCCCCUGCGCGUUGUUCCUGCUGCCGCGUCGGGCAAACGACAAUUGUACGCGCACAUAUUGUGCGGGCGUGUUUUAACAGACCCUUCAACAAUAAUACGCGGUUGUCAUUGUGUAUGCGUGUGUACAAAAUAGAAAAAAAAUACAAAAUCCGAGUCUUGCGCAGGACAACGUAAUAAUAAUAACAAUAAUAACAAUAAUAAAGUAAGUACGGUUUACAAUAUGAGACACACGAAAUCUAUUUUUCGAAAGCGUUAAAACUCCGUAACAAAAACCGUGGACGUAUAUUAUUUUUUUACACGUCGUCCGCGUCUUUUCAUUAUCGCGAAAUAAUAAUAAUAAUAAUAGUAAUAGUAAUAGUAAUAGUAAUAGUAAUAGUGAUAAUAUAUAACAUAAUCGAUAUUCAUUUGUUAUUUAAAACGGACCACGGCCAUUAUAAAUAUUGUAUUGGUAUGUACCCGUAUGUAUAUAAUACGUGCAUCGAUAAACUAUUGAUUGAUAAAAAAUAUCGUGUGUCAUUAUAAAGAUGGUACACGAUAUCGUCAUCGGGGUACAUUUUAUUAUUAUAAUUUUUUCAACACGUCAUGGCAACUCGUAUCCAAUAUAUAAAAGCGUCGGCUGCGACGCCUGCAUACCCAGCCAAUAAUCUGUGCAUUAUUGGCGGCCAUACGCUAUGCGGUGAAUCGAAUAUUAUACAACAACGUAAAAAUCGGUUAUUUUAGGUUUUUUUUUUUUUUCUCUCUUUAUUUUGACACAGGUGUACGUGAUUAUCGAAGCGUUGGCCGACGGUGCGGUCCGUAUGGGUAUGCCCAGGGACAUGGCGUACAGGUUGGCCUCGCAAACGGUCCUGGGCGCGGGAACCAUGGUCAGAGACACCCGAGAACAUCCGGGAAAACUCAAAGACGACGUUACCUCGCCGGCCGGUAAGUAUUGAAUUUUCCACUACAGUAUACACUGACAGUUUUACGAGGUGUUACGAGAGCGUAGACCGAAAUGUUGAGGGGUUAAGCAAACCGCCCCCUUCCUCCUCCCCUCGAAAAUAUUUUAGUGCGGACAGGUGUUAUAGAGUAAUUCGGUAAAAAAAAAAAAAAAUAGGGCAAUCGUCCAGAUUAAUUCGUUUUGGAUAUUUUUAAUGUAGGUACCUAUACUGUAUUUAAACAAUAUUUUUCAUAAUGAACACAAAUACUCGUAAACAAAUAUAUUUUUAUUUAUUUAUUAUAAAAACAUAGUAAUAUAACAAAAUAGAAUAAUUUAAAUCCAUUUUUGUCGAGGAUUACGGGAUGUAGGGGUUAAGGCCCAUCGCCGUUCACAUCGAAUAAAAUUGAAAUUUUAACGGAUUUUCACCUAUUGCCACCAUUGCCCUUGGUUCGAAACAUGAACUAUUAAUUAUAAAUAAAAAAUAUUUCAUUGAACCAUAAUUAUCACCACUAAUAUCGCAUAGAAUUGUCACUUAUUAUACACGUGGACAAUAUUACUUCCAUAGUGUUUCAAUGAGUUUUGUAAUUUUAUGUUUAGGAUCUACGGCUGCCGGUCUUAGCGCUCUGGAAAAAGGCGGCCUCAGGUAUACAAUUAUCGAUGCUUUAGAAAAAGCUACUGAAAAAUGUAGAGAAACAUCAAAGGCCGUGUAAAUCGCGAUCAGAAGAGCUGCAGUUUCGGUCGUACACACAUCAUUGCGUGCAGCGUAAUCGACAACUUCUAGUCCGGUCGACGAGAAUAUUUUUAGUGUAUCGGUCAUGUAUGCUAUACCUAGGUGUCUACACGAAUAUACGUUAUUUAUCACAUUCUUCGUGUUCAAAGUACGACUUUAUAAAACUGUUAUAUUUUCAAUAAUUGACGACCUAGUUGUUAAAACGAAUAACCUGUAUAUAUAUAUAUGUAUAUGUAAAAACAAUUAUUAUGAAGUCAACGUGAUAAGUUAAUACCGGGAGGGGGUGGGGUUCUCUAACUAUAAGUCAAUUUACCUGUUAAUCUCGUCGACUUUUGUGAAUAAGCUAAUCAAAAAAUAAUAAUUAUAAUAAUAAAUAAAUCAAGUGAAAACAAGUGCG